UUAUGGAAAGUGAUGUUCAAUCUCCAGGAGAUAAGAAGCAAGCAGAGCGAAGUAGCAGUAAUCAAGAGGUGAUCACUGACAGUGCAGAAAACAGUGAGAGGCAACAACAUUCAGGAGCCUCCAAGACUGAAGUGGAUAGUCCCAUUUUAGACACUGCAUUAGAUUCAGCCUUGCCCAGUGAUAGUGAUCACAACUGCGAUCAUCAUAGUUCGGAAGAAGAACUGGAAGUAAUUAAUAGUGCAGAUGUGGUUCAAGAAAAAACUGUCAUUCAAUAUGCAGAGAAAAGGAAAUGGUCACAGGCUAAUAGGUUCAGUUUCGGAGACAAUUCCGGAUCCUCUGACGAGGAAGUGCGAGAUCUCGUGUGCAUUUCAGCUCCUGUGGAGUUUCGUUCUUCUCCUCCUGCGAACGUUCCCAAACCCAGUCGGUCGUUAUCCCCACCACCUAAAUUAUUUCACUCGUCAGUAGGCAACAUCCCACCUCUCGAACUAUGUUCUGUGUCACCUAGGAAGAGGCAUAGACAUAUACCAAAUGUAAACACCAGUACAAAUCUUCAGAGACCAUGUCUAGACUUUGAGAAAAUGCAACAAAAACUUGUAAGGAAACAUGGUCAAAUGUCUAGUAGAGGGAAGCAAUCUCGAGGAAAAAGCCAAAAGUUGUUGUGAAUACCCAGUAUUUCAAGCACCCAGAUUUUGUCUAAGAGCAUGAAGUACAGAAAAAUUUCUUAGAUUGCUUCCCCCGUCGAGUCAAACGAUUUAUGUCGGCUAUUUGCAGACUUUUGUUGUAUUGCCUGUCAUAUCUUGUACAAAUAUUUUAUAGACAUUGCUAUAGACGAUUUUUGUAUGGAUUCCCUUCCCCGGCCGUAUAGAAUUUAUAUCCACUUCUGUCCUUCCCAUCCCGAUCAAAUAUUUGUUAUACUCCAGGAAUUACUAGUCAGAUCGAACGAGCAACUGAUGUUGCCUUAUUUAUUGGCUACAUUAUUAUAUAUGCUAACUGGUCUGGAUGGGGUACCACAAUGUAGCGCACAAUUUAACAGUGAAAGAUGGGUACACCAUUAUUAUCCUCGUCUCAAAUUACGUUCGGAAAUCGGAUAAUUUGUCAAGUCUCCAGAGGGAAAGUGGGAGGUUAAAUUAUUGGCAUUUGUCCGCGUGGCAAAAUGCCAGAAUAAAUCAUGAUGGUCACGAACAAAUCGUAAGCCUUCGCCCGACUCUAUCCGACAAAAAACGAAAAAAAAAAGUCGGCUGGCGAUCUUUCCGUUGCUCGAGAAGAACAGCUAGUAGACAAUCUCCUGGAUGUGGUUCCCAGUUAUUCUGAAAUACUAACGUGGACCAAACAUUUAAGCUUUUGAUGAGCUUGUACUACUUGGUAUUCCCAUCCAGUCAGAAUUCAAAAUUCUUUUCAUCACUCGUUACUGGUAACGAUCCCACUUUUCCCGUUCCCAUUUUUCAACAUACAAAAAAGUCUAGCCAUUGGUAAUUUCUUCCUUGGGUGUUUAGUUGCAUGUUUGUAUUUAAUGUAGAUGGUAAAAAAAGCUCUAGUAAGGUAUUCAAUUUGUAGACUGGUACAAAAAUACAUUCUUUAGAAUGUUAGCUAUUCUAUUUCAGUGUCUUUUUCUGGAUGUAAAAAAAAUUAAUGAAUUUGCAGCAUUCGGACUGCAAUUUCAUUUAGGUAUUCCGGUGGGAGGUUAUUUCCACAAUGCUAUGAUUUGACUAUUUAUCGGAGAUGGCAGUGUUAGGAUUGAUACGGAAACUCUUGUAGAUGAUAUUGUUCUAAAUGAAUGUUACUGUUAGUGUGUUUUACCCACACUUUUACAGAAGAUUUUAUUGUGAUGAAAUGUUAUAGCUACCUCCAGAUGGUUCAGUGUUGACCCCAUGUGAUACAAAAGAUGAAAAUAACAAUCUUGCUAAUAAAUGGUCCAGUUUGCUCAACUGUGAUGUAUAUAUCACUUAGUAUGUCACAAACAGUGUUCAUCACUAAAUAAAUCUUUUGUCCUGCACACUUCAACUGUUACAAGUGAAACAAAAAAAAAAAAAGAGGACAAAUACUGUAAUGUGUUUCUAUUGCACUUAUUUUGGAACAAAGAACUAUAAGUUCAAAUAGGAUUCAGCAGAAUUAAGAUUAUCAUGUAUAGCACAUAACAGAAGUGAUUUGUAAAUAGGGAUGUCUCGCCUUGCAUUUGUCACCUAAAUGGUUAGAUAGAAUGUGCCACAUGCCGUUGUCAUUUCGAAAUCCACCUAAUUUUUUAUUGGUAGUCUGCACAAGUCGUCACGUAAUGGGUGGCCCGUUCGACCGCCCCGGUUAUAUUUUUCAAAUUGUCCGUGUCCUACGUAAUAAAACCGCAAAACAUUAUCUGGUAUCUGGAGAUUUCGUUCGCAAUCCGAUUACGACAAUGAAAAUUACAAAUAGAUAAAUUUAUGAUGUUAAAGUGAAUAUUUGGAAUAAUUCUUGGGAUAAAACAAGCAUGGAUAGGCCUUUCUGAAAAGUUUAUGGUGUUUAUGCAAAGUGUUAUUUGUGUGAUGUCAUUGUUUAAUAUUUUUUUUUAGUAAAAAAAAAAAUAAAAAAGAAUAUGAAUUGUGAA